AUGAGGAUUAAGAUAGCUUGUCAAAUGAUAUUGCUUUCUCUCUCUCUCUCUCUCUCGAAAAAAAAAAAAAAAAGACGUUCAAUAUUCCUCUUUUCUUUUCCUUCUUUUAUUUCUGUUCAUUCUCUUAUCUCUUCCUUUCUUUGCUCUCUCAUUGACGCUCUUCGUUUCUCUCUCAAUGACUCUCUUCGUUUCUCUCUCAAUGACUCUCUUCUCUUUUCAUUUCUUCAAUUAUUCGCUCUCGUUUCUAUUCUCUCACUCUCUCUCUUUUGUCUCGUAUAUUCUCGCCCUCUCUCUCUCUCUCUCUCUCUCUCUUGUCUCGUAUACUCUCACGCUCUCUCUCUCUUUUGUCUCGUAUAUUCUCGCCCUCUCUCUCUCUCUUUUGUCUCGUAUAUUCUCGCCCUCUCUCACCCUCUCUCUCUUUUGUCUCGUAUACUCUCACCCUCUCUCUCUUUUGUCUCGUAUACUCUCACCCUCUCUCUCUUUUGUCUCGUAUACUCUCACGCUCUCUCUCUCUUUUGUCUCGUAUACUCUCACGCUCUCUCUCUCUUUUGUCUCGUAUACUCUCACCCUCUCUCUCUCUUUUGUCUCGUAUACUCUCACCCUCUCUCUCUCUUUUUGUCUCGUAUACCUCUCACCCUCUCUCUCUUUUGUCUCGUAUACUCUCACCCUCUCUCUCUCUUUUGUCUCGUAUAUUCUCACCCUCUCUCUCUCUCUCUCUUUUGUCUCGUAUAUUCUCACCCUCUCUCUCUCUCUCUCUUUUGUCUCGUAUACUCUCGCCCUCUCUCUCUCUUUUGUCUCGUAUACUCUCGCCCUCUCUCUCUCUUUUGUCUCGUAUACUCUCGCCCUCUCUCUCUCUUUUGUCUCCUAUUCUCUCACCCUCUCUCUCUCUUUUGUCUCCUAUUCUCUCACCCUCUCUCUCUCUUUUGUUUCUCAUAUUCUUUCUUCUCUCUCUUUUGUUUCUCAUAUUCUUUCUUCUCUCUCUUUUGUUUCUCAUAUUCUUUCUUCCUCUCUCUCUCUCGUUUCUCAUAUUCUUUCGUCCUUUCUCUUGUUUUUUUUUCUCUCAAAAUCUCUCUUCAUUCUCAUAUUCUUUUCAUAUCUUCUCUUGCUUAUCUUCUAUUCUCGCCUUCCUUUUCUUUUGUUUAUUUCUCUCACACUACGGUUUCUCUGUCUCUUUCCUUUUGUCUCAUAUUUUGUCUUCCUUUCUAUUUCUUCAAUGUCUUCUUUCAAACCUCUUUCCCUUUCUAUCCAAUGAUUUUUUCACUAUACAUUUACUUUCCCACUUGUUGCAAAUGCGAAAGCGAAGAAGGUGGCCAGUCUCUCUUUGCUUCAACCUACCUAUCUAUCUAUCUAUCUAUCUAUCUAUCUAAGGUCUGCUCAAGCCUGCCUGUGUAUGUAUCUAUCACGUUCUGUUCAUUAUCUAUCUAUCUAUCUAUCUAUCUAUCUAUCUACACAGGUCUUUAA